AUGGACCUCUUCCGGGAGGAGCUCGUGGAGGUGGAGCUGAACGCGGACGUGAGUUACGCAUGUGCCCUGAAUGGGAAGCUAUACUUUGGUACGAACGAUGGGCGGAUAUUAAAAUGGCGCAUCGAGAAGGAACCAAAAGGGGAACUAGAAGGUGGGAACACCCCCAAGAUGCAGGCCCAGUUGGAGGAAAACAACUCAGUGAAGAAGAACCAAAAGGUAGAAAAAAUCAUCCUCGUGGAAAAGGAAUCCCUGGUGAUUAUCCAAAUAAAUGAUGGAGUUUAUUUUGCCAAAGAAUCUCAAAUGCAAAGUUUAACUCUCCUUUGUAAGGACGCUAAUAUAUGCACCGUGAAUGAGAAGAACAAAAGUGACUUAUUGGUGUAUAGCAUGAAAAAAAAAAAAUUAUUUUUCUUCCAUUUGGAGAAUGGGAAAUAUAAGGCUACGAAGGAACAGUCGUUCAGUGAAUUCAUAACAUCCUUCUUGUGGGUCAGUGAUUCCCUUUUCCUUACAGUCCAAAAGAGCUACUACCUUUUACGCUUAAAAAAAAAUGAGAAAAUUCUUCUCUACAGCCAUGAGUAUGAACAGACAUAUAAGUACAUAACCCUAAUUAACGUGAAUGAGAUAUUUAUUGUAUGUGACCUGAACGUUGGAGUUUUCUACGACGUGGAAACAUCCAUGCCGUCUAGGAAGAAUACAAUUUCGUUGGUGGAUAAUGUGAGACACCUCAUCUCCUUUCGUUUCUUCCUCUGUUCUCUGAACUCCAGGGGGGUCAUCAAUUUUUACAACGUAAAUAACCAGCAGCAUGUGCAGACCAUCUGCAUGGACGAGUAUGUAGAUGCCGUUGUCAAUUAUAGUGAUGUGUGCAGCUCGUUCAUGUGUUCCAUGCUGCUUCUGGAUCAGGAGGGGCAUGACGGGGAGGGUCUCCUGGAGGGGAAGUACUCCCCUGGAGAGGACCCCGAUGAACGCACCCGCUAUGAGCUGGACUUGGAUGCCACUCUCACAAAUGUGCACCAGCGUCACCACCAUCACCACCGUGAAAGUCCCCCUGGAGGGGAUGACCCCCUAGUGAACGCAUCCAAAUUUGCGAAUCAAGCAGUUGACCCCACCUCAGCAAACAACUACAUUUACUUCUUUAACAAAAGUUGCAUUCAGGUGGUGAGGUGCCAGGAGUUAUUUGAGUACCUCCCCAAGUGUAUCCAACAGGAUAGAAUAGACAAGGGGUUCCAACUCAUAGAUAAUUACCUUUUCGAUAGUAAUGUAGAAAGGGUCAGCACCCUCAACGGAUAUAGUAAAGCGUGUGCAUAUUACCUCUUCUCCCGAGGUCAGUUUGCGCUAGCCUUUGUGCACUUCCAACGGGUCGACGUGAAUCUUCCUUUUUUGUUAUCCUUCUGGGAGAGGUACCUCUCCAGCAGAGGGGAUGCAAAGCAACCGGAUGACAUGGGAUGUACUCCCCAAAAUGAGCCACAGGAAGUGAUCAGUAAGCCCUUCAGUUUUUUCGUACCAAACCUAUGUAGUGUGGAAGAAAUAGUCGACAGGAAUUUAUCCUCACAGGGGAAUAAUGAUCAGGGGGAGAUACCGCAACAACAGGAAGAGGAUAAAAAAAAACUUCUAAAAGUAGCGAACAAUUGUUUUAUUAAAUACUUACUUAUGAAGAGAAAUGAGUUUGUCCUGGAGGAGGGAGGAAUGAUGGGAAUGUACGAGGAGGAGCAGACCGUUACGGAGGUGCAACAAAGCGGCGAUGCAACGACCCAGUUUGGAAGAAGGAACAACCUCCUCCGCUGCGUAGACAAUUUACUAAUAAAACUGAUGGUAAUAAAUGAUUGGCCUGGAUUCUCCCACUUCCUCAUGAAGACGGAAAACUUACACCUACACAUGGAUGAGUGUAUCCUCUUUUUAAGGAAGCACUCAAAAUUCGUGGAGACAGCACUGAUGUGUAUACGCAUGAAGCAUUUUGAGGAGGCCAUAAAAAUGUGCGCCACGUUUUUAUGCGUCUACAAUGGAUGGCUCCACGUGGGGGAAGCCCAACAAAAGGAUGACAACCCAUUGUAUACGCAUAGAGACGUGGAUCAGCCGGAUGAUAUGUGGAAGAACUUCUUCCAGAAACAGAAAUUUACAAAAAAUGUCGUUAAAGGAACAACCUUGCACUCACUGUUAAAGGAAAUGUACAACAUACUAAUCACGCUGAACGAUAGUAUACACAUGAUGGAUGUCGAAAAGAGUGAAAUAAAAAAACUGUUUGAAAAUGCCUUCCCCUUUUUGAUACGAUUUAACGAAAACGCAUUUUUUGACUUUAUUGUUUCCAGAAACUUUCUUUUAAAACCGGAGGAGAUUCUUAGCAUGUUUAAAAAAAUGGAAAAGGAUAAAUUACACGUGAAAGCAAAACAAUACAUGCAAAAAUAUAUUUCUACUUUUUUAAAAUAUGAUAAAAUGAAUAAGGAAGUGAAUACCGGUUUGGUUGAAUUCUACCUGAACGAUGUGGAAAUUCCUGAACAAGUUAGGCAAAAAAAGAUUUUACGAUUUUUACGGUCGAGCUAUCCUUUGGAUGUUUCCUACUUGGCUCGGAUGGUGCCCCAAGGGCAGUUCCCACUUGUCCAGGCGCUGCUCUUUGGCCGGAUGGACCACCACUACGACAGUCUAGUCAUCCUAACGGAGGAGAACCUAUCCAUAUGUGAGAAGUACUGCCUCUACCGCAGCCUCCUGUUUAAGGAUGCAGCCAAGAGGAUGAGCAAAGACGACCACGACAGGCUCUUUGCAAGUUUAUACCACAACGAGAAGAAGAUUUACCAAGGUUUGUAUAGGCAGAUGCGAAAUGUAGCAGAGGAUCAGGAGGGAUCGAGUGACAACCACGAGGAGAAAAGUCGUCCGACCCGCGCAAGCAAAUUCAACCAGGAUGGAAGAAGGAAGAAAAAACUGAACGACGCAUUCAUCAGUAGGAUGAUGAGGAACUAUCACAAGCAGGUCUACGUCGACAUGGAAAAAGGAAUAGUAACCAAACUGGACAACCAAAGGAGAGGAGGAAAAAACAAGAACAGUCAGUUCGACAGGGAGAAGGACGAAAACACGUCCAACGGAAAGGAGGAAUAUCUUUUUAUGUUAAGUCUGAUGGAACAAGAAAGGGAAGACUCAAGUGAUGAUCAGCUAAGUGAAGUUUAUUACGAUGAAGGGGACAGUAACUUUGUGAAGGGUGUUGUAGACAACCCCAAUUUGUCUUCCAAUUCUUGGAGCGACGUGAGCACUGAUUCGGGUGUGAGUACCGACUCAGACGGGGGAACCUCCUCCGAUGGGAAGAGCUCCUCCAGUGUUGAUGACGAUGUGAUGGGAAGAAAACGGAAAGGGAAGAAGCAACCCGGAGGGGGUGUUCCAAGUAGGAGGAGGCUUUCCAAAAAAAAGGGAAGCAACACAAACAGGAAGCGUCAAAUGAGGAACGAAGAAGAAGCGAAAAAAAAAAAGGAACAAUUCAGCAGUAGCAAGCACAAAAAUUUGGAUGUAGACGUGUUAGACUACUUCGACGUCUACCGAAGCGGAAAGGACCGAUCCUGUGGUUUUUUCUUCCUCCUUGUGAAGGUAUGUCUGGACAAAUAUAAUGACCCAAAGGUUGGUGAACAGAACAAGCAAGCCUACAAGGAGUACGUAACUUAUAUACUGAACAAAUAUGCUCAUCACGGCGACUUUGAAAACGCAUAUGUUCUGGAGAUGAUUCCAGAGGAGUGGUCCCUCUCGGAGGUCCUUCCGUUUCUCAGCCUAAAGUUAAAGAAGAAGGCCAACCAGUACAUGGACCUGCACCAUUACCACAAUCUGGUCAAGGCCAACUACCUUAGUGCGUCUUACAAGCUCAUUGAGGACAAGGAGCAGCGCCUCCUCGUGAAGGAUAAACUAAUCUGCCAGGUGUGCAAAAGCCCAAUCGCGGAAAAACGUUUCGCCUACUUUUCAGCCAAAGUGGUCACCCACAUGCAGUGCUUGGAGAAGUACGAGGAGGAAGUCCAUCGGUGA